AUGUUGCACAACAAGGAACCAAAGGAAACAACAGGUACUGAAAAACAGCCGAAGUCCAUCAUAAAACUUGCCCUAAACUUUCCUUCUUUAGUGUCUGAGCAUCAGCUUGAUGACUUACAGGAAGAAUGGAGGGCCCUUAUUCGGGCAAAGGAGACAGUGCAUCCCAUGAUUGCUCAGGAAGUAACUGAAAUUUGGCAUACUUUAAGGAAUGUAUUAGAUGGAAAUGGUCAUCGGUGUGUUGACCCAUCACUGCAAGCACUCAAGAAAGGGAAACGGGGUCACGGAAGUCUGCAAGCUGAACCUCCUCUUCCUUCUCCUAAUCAAGAUUUUGCUCUCCUUCCUCGUCCUGAAGGAGGUAACAAGCACAGAGAAGGAGAAACAGGCCCUGGGUUCCUUACUCUUCCUUAUAUAAUGGCAUUGCUUUUAGACAAUUUAUUGGAAAACGAAACUAGAAGCAGAAGGAGCUAUGGCGACUUUGGAAAAAUUCCUGAAUUCGGCGUAGACUUCAUAAAAUGCAUUCACGAGAAGAAAAUGAUACAGGAAGCCAAGAACACUACCGAGCAACUCUAUUGUGCUCAGAGAUUGAAACCAACAGACGCCACCGUAGAAAACUGGAAAUCCAGCGACCAAAAUAAGCACAGUAACUCGGGAAAACGAAAGAGGAGGGUUCCAGGUGAUGGAGCAAAUGUUUAUCCCUGGAAGAAGCAAGCGCCAAAGAAUAGGGAAUCAAAAAAAAUUAAAAGAAAUACGUAUAGAAAAAAGAAUAAAUCCAAAAGGGAUGGAAAUGGAUCGUCGGACGAGGAGAGUAGCAACAACGACGACAACGGAAGAACAAAGAAACCAAACGGGAAUUAUUCCAACAGUAAGACACAACAGUACGCUGGUAAACAAGGGAAAAAUGAGAAGAAAAGAGGAAAGAAUUCAAGGAAAAGUGCAGGACAGUUCAGGGGUAAUAAAACAGCUGCAUCUUGUGGAAACUCCUACGCAGUGGAUGUGGGCGACAAACUCACCUUCACACUACCGAGAAAGUCUGUGACCUGCGAGAUUGCAUUCGAGACAACUUCUCGCGCUGCUUUGAACGUGCAGUGCAAAAGAUUGUCUCUUCGAGAAUGUAGCACCGAGUACCUGUACCUCCACGACGGCAAUGAAGAACAAUUAUAUUGCGGAAAAGCAGGACCGCAGCAACUAACAAAACUACAAAAUGCUUAUUUCCUAUACGAGCGUUUAUCGGAAAAGACUGCCAGAUCCAGGAUUCACUGUACGAUUGCGGGAGUCAAAAUGAAUGGAGGAGGAGGUUCUGGCAGUGGCAGUGGCAGUAGUAGCACUCAGGCUACGAAUUGUGAAAUAAGUAUGUAAUUCAAUUUCAAGUGAGUGAUAGGAAGAUAGAUAGCCAAAUACAGACCUGAUUAUAAAAAAG